UGGAGACCGAGGACGCCGGAAGGGAGCGGUGGUCAAUCGGAGGGGAAGGCCGACAACGGCUGUGGUGGCCAGGAUGAAUUCUGAGGACAAGAAAGAUGACCUCCAAACUUCAAGGCUUUCAAUAGCCAAAGAUAUGAAAGCAUUUCCGAAACAUUCAGAGAGACGGAGGUCCAAGACGCCAUUAAAAUCAGCAAGGAAAGCCAAAUCUGCUGUGUUCACUGAAGCCGUGGCCCCUCUCUAUCUCACCUCCAAGACUCAGGAAAUCUUUCAAUGUGUAAUUGACCGGGACGUCACCCAGGAGAAGCCAUACAAGUUAAUCAAAAAGGAUUUCAUCAUCAAUGACAUGAAGACAAGGGCAGCUGUGUCAGAUUUUCAUCCCUACAAACACCCAAUCAUGGAUUAUCAGGGCGAUGAACUUCUAGUCGUCUAUGAUAUCGAUUCCAUGUACGGACAAAAUUUCUACCUUGCGCUCAACGAAAUGAUGAAGGGGAUAAUCCUAAAUUCUUUCGAGGCAACUGAGAAUAAAACUUCUGACUUUGAUGUGGUGAAUGAAAUCAAAAGAAAGCCAUGGGUUGACCUGGGUAGCGGCGUUGAAAUCGAAGAGGAAAAGUUUGAAGAAGCUCCAACUAAGAUGAAAUUCAUGGUGUCACGCAUCCGUAGGCAGUUUGGGGCUCCAGUGACCUUGUCUGAUUGGAAUGUUGCUGAUGCCAAGGACAGCUAUGUGGAGUGUGCAUCCUAUCAGGAUAAGAGCUUCAGCAUCAGGAAGCUGGAGCGGGAUAUCGGGAUUCAGGCGGUGCCGAAAUUAUGGGAAAGCAGCACACAGACUAAAUGGACCUACCCAAGGAAUGCCUGUACCCAGUACACACCCAGAGAGUUCGCCACGGAGGAGAAGGAGCAGCUUCUGAAGUCUGAAGCCCUCAACAACUUCAUUAACUCUGUGGCCUCGAGGUUUGAGUUGGCACUCCAGCAAAACGAGAUCAUGGACGUAUUUUAUGAUGACUGGAAGGGGCUCUCGGAGGAGGACAGCACCUUUGGAGGGAAGGCCGACGGCCACUUGAAGGAGUACCAGUCAUUCACAGACCUGCAGAAGAGCCAGGGCAGAAGAAUCAGCAGCAUCGAAUGGCACCCCGCGAUCCUUGGGUUGGUGGCUGUGUCUGUAGUGGAUAUCAUAACAUUGGAGGACAGGAUAAAGUCGAUCAACAGAACAGUCCGCAGUCACUCGUACGUCCUCUUCUGGAACUUCAGUGACCCAAUUCACCCACAGAUCAUGUUGGAGGCUCCAGAUGAAAUUUACUGUUUCCAGUUUUGUCCCACAGACACCAACAUCGUGGCGGGUGGCUGCAGGAAUGGCCAGGUCGUGCUGUGGGAUAUCAGUGAGUUUGCAGAGAGAUUGCGGGGCUACCUUCCAAACGCAAAGCCCGAAACCCACAAAUCAAACCUGCUGCCUGAGUUGGAUCCGGCAUCUCAUUGUGAAGUCCCGAUUGCUCGUCACUGUGCAGUGUCAUCCAUAGAAAAUGGGCACAAAUCCCUCAUCACUGACCUGUGCUGGCUACCCGAUCACUUUCAGCUAACAAAGUAUGGGGUCCCAUAUGAGAACACGGAUGGGCUUUGUGUCCAACUUAUCACCUGCUCUCCGGACUGCGCCAUUCUAUUCUGGGAUAUACGACGUACAAAAUCUACUGUCCAUUCAAUGCAACAGAAACGGAAAAUCGAGAAGGAACUCCAGAAUCCCAAGGGAGUUCCCAACACCUUCAAGCAUCUGGAUCUCCACUGGAAGCCGAUGCAUCAGGUGUCACUACCUCGGAUCGAAGGCAAUGGGGAAUACAGCCCGAUACGAAUAAGCAUGAGAGAGAAAUGCACUGACAGGAUAAACGAGAAGUCCCAACUUCACCUCCUAAAAGAAAAAGGGGAAAACACAGAGUACAGCAGCAAGAAUGUUCCUUCAGCCAGAGAUCUGACCAUCCUGACAGACAUCAACACCUUCCUCUUCAUCGGUACUGAGAAAAAUCCUGGAAAACACUCUGUGGGUGAAGCGACGGACACAGAAGUGACCAAGAUCGGCAGCCAGUGCUCACCCUCUGCACUUGCUUUGAUGUUUCAAGCUCUCUCAUCGCUUUCAUCGACGAACAGUUGGAGUUUUAACUUGGUGAAAUGGAGCCAAGCAUUGUUUGUGCGCCAUCCUCAGCCUGCCCACUACGAGGAUGGAGAAGUUACUUAUGUAGACUGGCAAGUGGAGAAGGACAUGGACACUGGGAAAAUGACCACUCCAAGCCCCACCCACUGCUACGCUGUUCACGACGGACCUGUGAACACUGUGCAAAGAUCACCGUUCUUCAGGGAUAUCAUCCUAACCGUCGGAGGAUGGACAAUUGCAGUUUGGAAAGAAGGUGCCACUGUUGGGCCUCUCCUGCACUCAGCCUGCCAGGACAGGCGCUGCACCACGGGGCACUGGUCCCUCUCCAGACCUGGCGUCUUCAUCAUCGGCAAAGAAGACGGCAACAUCGAUAUCUGGGAUUUACUGGAAAAGACACACGAGCCCUUGCAGACACAGAACAUUUCAUCUGUCCCAAUCAGUUGCAUGAAGCCUUGCAUUGUGUCACAGAAGCAGCAUCUCCUGGCAGUGUCUGAUGACUUUGGAACCCUGCACAUUCUGGAGGUGCCCUGGUCCCUGAGACAUCCACUUAGCCAGGAGAAGUCCAUUGUGGAAGCUUACUUCGAGAAAGAGGUGAAGCGACUCAAUUACUUUGGAACAAAAAAACUACAAAGAGCAGAAAAAAUUGAAAAGGAAGAUGAAAAGAAGCAGGCUCCCCCGGAUGUCGAGGCAAAGAAAAUAGAACAAAUUGAGGAGGAAAUGAAGAAGGAAUAUUCCAUAUAUCUAAAUGAGGAGAAGAAAGCCAUCAUUGCCCAACUUGGAAUGACCUGAUAAUCUUUGAACCUCUAUAUUUUGUGAUUAAAAAAUAAAAUUUGGUAAUGUUAGAUCUAGGUAUUUAAGAAACCUUCAACAACUGAGUCCAACUGUUAUCAGAAUCAACAGGUCUGUGCACUUAUAGAGUCAUAGACCUGUAUUUGACUUCCCAUAGAGCCCUUAGAGAGACUAUGUGUACAGGAGUAGACCAUAAGCUAUAGGAGCAGAAUUAGACCACUUAGCCCAUCAUUUCCACCAUUUCAUCACGCCUGAUCCAUUUUUCCUCUCAGCCCCAGUCUCCUGCCUUCUCCCUGUAUCUCUUUACAACCUGACCAAUCAAGAAUGUAUCAACUUCUGCCUUAAAUAUACACCAAAAACUUGGCCUCCACAGCCACCUGUGGCAAUGAAUUCCACAGAUUCACCACCCUCUGGCUAAAGAAAUUCCUCCUCAUCUCCAUAGACUCAUAGACAAAGUUCAAAGCAAAUUUAUUAUCGAAAAAUAAAAUUUGGUAAGAUAAAAGACUGUUGAUUCUAGGUAUGUAAGAAACCUCAGCAAGUGAGUCACCACACAUAGCCUUGAGAUUCAUUUUCAUAUGGACAUUCACAGUAAAUACAAAGAUACACAGUAGAAUCAAUGGAAGACCACACCCAACAGCAUGGACAGACAACCAAUGUGCAAAAGACAACAAAUUCUAAAUACAAAAAGAGAAAAAGUAGUAAGAAGAUGGCACCAAGGGCCACAUCCUCCAGACGGUUCAUUUAACUACUUCUUUCACUUCUUUUAUGUCUUUCUCUUUCAAAUAUGGUUCUGUUACUGUUGGAGCAAGUGCGUUUCGCUGUUGUGUUUUUGGGCUGAUUGAGCAAUCUGGGGCUUUGCUGUCUCCGAGGGUCUUCCGUGAGGCUUUGAGCAAAGAAUGCAGCUUCAAGGCCAAGAAGCCUGAAAAUGAGCAUGAACCAAAGAUGGACUACACUUCUCACCAAUCUCAUCUGUUAGGGUGCCAAGGAAGAUUGAAAUCAUUGAGCCUACCGCAGAAAGUGAGUGGGUGCCAGAGGAAGGUGUCUCGUGAUGGUCUCUCUUGCUCACUGUUCCCAACAGACUGUCCCUGCAUUCAAAUGGUCACUCUCUCUCUCGAUGCAGUCGGAGGAUGGUGCCAGAUCUCUGUGUCAUUGGCAAGGCUUAAACGAAGUGGUUUGGACUGGACUCUGUAGUUGAUGUUAUAAUGUGUUCCUGGUUUCCGAUUACUCCUUUUUUGUUGCUGUUUUGGAUGAUUUUGAAUUGGGGCUGUCUGCAGAACUCUUUCUAUCGUGUGUUUUAUAUUCUGUAUUUUUUGCCCAAUUUUUUGUUGCUGUUGAUGUAAUUUGCUUUUUUUGCACAUAGGGGAGUGUUUGAUGAUUUUCUUUGAGCAGGUGUCAUAGUUUUCUUUGUUUCAUGGCUGUCUUUGGGAAAGAGGAAUCUCAGCGUUGUAUACUGCAUACAUACUUUGAUAAUAAAUAUACUUUGAAUCUUUGAAUAUUAAAUAAGCAAUAAAUAUUAAGAACAU